AUGUUCAGAUCCCAUACCAAGUUGACCUGCAGACCAGUAAGGCUUUUAUCACAAACUACUAAAGUCCCAUUUCAAGUCAGAAACUCCGUCCUUGACAAGCAUAGAUUAGAACAGGAUGUUGUUGAAUCACCAACAAAUAUGGCUCAAGAAUCACAUUUGCCAGUGAUAGAGCAAGACUUGAAAAUCAAACCUCGUCAACCAAAAGCCAAAGCUCCAUUUUUGUCAAAAGCUGAGGAUGACCCAAACAAUGCUAGGCUAUCUUCAUUCAAAGAAAAGAUUGGUCAGUGGAUCGUAUCUACAUUUUCCGUUGAUAUGGAUAAGUCCAGAAGUGGACCUGUUGCAGGUGGGAUUUACUUUGGUGAAUGUAAAAGACAAGCGUUAGUAUACCCAGAUGAACCAAUGAGUGAUUCGGCCAAAUUUUACUUCCAAACUUUGGGGUUGCCUGUAUCAUUUUCCCAACAAGUACAAAUUACUAUUUUACAUUAUUGGAUUCUUUCAGUCAGGAUGAGAGCUCUACCUUUCAAAUAUGCUAAACAGUAUCAACAGAAAUUAGUUGAUCGUAUUUUCGAAGAUUUGCUGUCAAGAAUGACCACUGAAUUGGGUAUAAAAUCAGGAAGAUUGAUUGAAGGAUAUUUGAAAGAUUACCACACGCAAUUAUUAGGAAGUGUGUUGAGUUAUGAUGAAGGAUUACUGACUGAUGAUAUAACAUUAGCUGCUGCAUUAUGGAGAAAUGUAUUCAACGCUAAUGGUAAUGUCGAUAUAAGGCAUGUUGAGGCAUUAUUAGUGUAUGUGAGAUCACAAUUGUAUGUGUUGAAUAAAAUGACUGAUAGAGCAUUUGGGUUUGGUAAGUUUAAAUUUGUGCCCCCAGAUCAAGUAGUACAACCAAUUUCCAAGCAACAAGAGGAGUUGAUUAAACAAAAGACUAAGGAAGAGUUUGCCAGUAUGACUUUACCAUCUCAGAAAUCUGUUUUAUCAAUGGAUGAAUAA